AUGUUGCAAGAAGUCAUAUCAACAAUAAAACCACAGGAUCAACCGCAAAUGAUGGUGCAAAAUAAUCCACAACAUCUUCAAGGAUUAAACGCGUCUAGUGUAUCAAAUCUGGGUAUCAGUCAACUCAAAAGAAAACAAUCAAGCGAAACUGAUGAUCCCUUUAAAGAUAGAUCCUACAAGAUUAGAAAAGAUGCCAAUGCUACUACUACUACUAAUAAUAAUAUGUUCAAUCUUAAUUCUGGUAAUUCAUUUAUUCGAAACUCAAAUUUAAUUAAAUCCUAUAAACAUACACGAGACGAAAAUCUACAAAAUUCCACAUAUGGCCAAACAACUUCAACAGAAGAAGUGGGUACUAAUACAACCACUAGUACCACCAACAUUACAACAAAGAAUAAUGAUAUUCCAACUCAACAACCUCGCAAGUCAAGCAAGCAAGAAGAUGUAAUAGACACGGGUAAUGAUAAUGGCGGUGAAGAAGAAGAGGAAGAAGAGGAUGAAGUAACGUUGGAAGUAUUGGAAGAUAUGCAGAAAUUAGAAUCUAAUUUCCCUAUAUUAGCUACUGAUUAUAGAUUAAUCGACAAAAUCGGAGAAGGUACAUUUUCAACUGUAUACAAAGCUGAAGCUCUUGGCGGCAAAAUACGAUUAGGUUCAGAUAUGUGGAAAUCACCACCUUUAAAGAAAAUGAGAAGUAGCAAUGAGAAUAGUAGUGAUAACCUGGUUAAAUCUAAAAAAAAGAAUCCUAUCGUUGCAUUAAAACAAAUCUAUGUCACAUCUUCACCAAAUAGAAUCUUCAAUGAAUUGAAUCUACUUUAUAUGUUGACGGGGAAUUCACGAGUUGCUCCAUUAUUAGAUGUUUUACGACAUCAAGAUCAAAUUUUAGCUAUUCUACCAUAUUAUCAUCAUUGUGAUUUCCGAGAAUUUUAUCGUGAUUUGCCAAUUAAAGGGAUCAAGAAAUAUUUAUGGGAAUUAUUCCAUGCAUUAGAUUAUGUUCAUUCCAAGGGAGUUAUUCAUCGUGAUUUGAAACCAACUAAUUUCUUGUAUGAUCCUUUUAAAGGUAAAGGAGUAUUGGUUGAUUUUGGAUUAGCUGAAAAGGAAAACCCAAUCAAUAUUCUGAGUUCAUCAUCUACAUCUUCCAAUUCUACUGCAUGUCCAUGUUUAAACAGAGAGCCGGUUACAAUUAACCGAAUUCAUACCAAAAGACUCAAUAUUAAAGGAGCAUAUCCAAAAAAUGAUACUCGUCCACCAAGAAGAGCCAAUAGAGCCGGUACAAGAGGUUUUAGAGCACCCGAGGUUUUAUUCAAAUGUACCAAUCAAACAACAAAAAUAGAUAUUUGGUCAGCUGGUAUCAUAGCAUUAUCAAUUUUUCUUCGAAAAUUCCCAUUAUUUAAUUCACCAGAUGAUACUGAUGCUAUUUUAGAGAUGGCGUGGUUAUUUGGAUAUGAUAAAUUACUCAAGUGUGCAGAAUUACAUGGAUGUGGAUUGGAAAUUUGUGUGCCUGAAAUCUAUAGAAGCAAUGAGAGUUUAAUUAAAAUUGCAUAUGAUUUUUUGAAAGAAGAAGAUGAUAAUGGAUGUUUCCCACCUGAUAGUGUUGUUUAUGAUACAUUGGACUUGUUUAAUGAACGUGGAGAUAAGUUUGUUAAACCUAUUUAUACUAUAAGAGAAGGAAUUUCAGAAAGUGAAAAACGAAAAAUCAAUGAUGAAUUUCGUAAAAAACAUGAUAAUUAUAAAGAUCAUAAAUAUUUAAUUGAUUUAUUACACCAUUGUUUUAGAAUGAAUCCUCAAAAACGUUUAAGUGCUGGAGAACUAUUGGAAUUACCGUUCUUCCAUGAGAUUUUGCAAAUUGAUGAAGAAACUAAAUUUGAUUUUGAUGAUGACGAUGAUGAAAUUGUAUUGUCUAAAUAG